AUGGCGGAUGAGAAACGCGCUGGCGGAGCCGACCCAUCGGCCGGCGUCGAGGUGUCGAACAUUGAAAAGGCCCGCCGAGGGUCCCAAGCAACCGUAGACCUGAACGACAACAAAGAAGCCAAGAUCAAGAACCCUCUGCUCGGAAUCAACCGUAGCGAGCUCCUCCGCGGUGUCGAACACUUCGCCCGCGACAAAGGUCUCGACGAGUACCUCCCCAUGCUUAAAAAGGGCGCUUUGGUCGCCCAAGACCCCACCGGCUACGAAGAGAUAGACGGCACCGAGGCUCUCGAACCGGACGAGAUCCAAGUGUUGCGCGACGAGGUUCUGCACAAGUGGCGCAUUCCCAAGAUUCUCUACCUCACUAUUAUCACCUGCUCCAUCGGCGCUGCUGUACAGGGUUGGGAUCAGACGGGAAGCUCGGCGUUCAUCGGCUGCUGGCUCUCCGAUCCAUUGAACAACUGGGUCGGUCGUCGCGGAACAAUCUUCUUCGCCGCCAACUUUUGCAUUUGGACAUGGGAACAGCUUUUGGCUUGUCGUCUUCUUCUCGGUAUCGGUAUGGGCGCAAAGGCCAGCACCGUCCCCAUCUUCGCUGCCGAGAACUCGCCUGCACCUAUUCGAGGAGCCCUCGUAAUGAGCUGGCAAAUGUGGACAGCCUUCGGGAUCCUGGCUGGAACGGCGGCUAAUUUAGCUGUUGGUAAAGUGGGAGAUAUAGCAUGGCGGUUGCAACUUGGCUCUGCCUUCAUCCCUGCUGUCCCACUUGCUCUGCUCAUAUACGCAUGCCCUGAAUCUCCCCGUUGGUAUAUCAAGAAGAAUCAGUACGCAAACGCGAUGAAAUCACUGCUUCGCUUGCGGAACCACCCGAUCCAGGCGGCUCGGGACAUAUACUACAUUCAUAUCCAACUUCAGGUCGAGGCCGAGAUCAUUGGACGAUCCAACUAUGCCAAGCGAUUUGUUGAGCUGUUUACAAUUCCCCGUGUCAGGCGAGCCACGUUGGCUUCGUUCACCGUCAUGAUUGCCCAGCAGAUGUGUGGAAUAAACAUCAUUGCCUUCUACUCGUCGACAAUCUUCAAGGAGGCGGGCACAUCCGAGUUCAACGCCCUCCUCGCCUCGUUCGGCUUUGGCAUGGUCAACUUCCUCUUCGCCUGGCCUGCCAUCUGGACCAUCGACACCUUUGGCCGUCGCAGUCUCUUGCUAGGGACAUUUCCCAUGAUGGCGUGGACGUUGCUGGCGGCUGGUCUCUGUACCCUUAUCCCUGGCACCGGUGGUGUUCACUUGGGGCUUGUGGCUCUCUUCGUAUACCUCUUCGCCGCUUUCUACUCUCCUGGCGAGGGCCCGUUCUUCUGGGUCCCCGAAACCAAGCAGAGAACGCUCGAAGAGCUCGACUACGUCUUCGCGGUCCCGACAAAGCUCUUCAUGCGGCACCAGGUCACCAAGGCCCUGCCGUACUGGUUCAAGCGCUGGGUUCUCUGGCAGCGCGACGCCACCCUCGAGCCGCUGUACAAGUUCGACCUUACGCACGAGGACCACCACGCCGCCGCCGACGACGACGACAAGGCGCAGGUCGAGAUGCGGGACAAGAAGCACGACACCUCGUAA